AUGGGGACCUCGUGGCUAGAAGUUCUAGAAGAUCCUUUAACCCGCAAGCUUCUGGGCCAUGAGGCCACACUGGCUGAGAAGGUACCUUUCGUGGCAGGUGUGCAACAGCGACUCAAGUUCCUUCUUCAAGAUCCUCUCAAGCACCUUUCCCUUGCCAAGAUAGGCUAUUCAGCCCUUGAGGCGUUCUUACAAGCAAACUGUACCGGUCCUCCCCUAGAAUUUGAUCCUGCUACAGUUAUCUUUCCAGAAAGCUAUCGUGAUGACAUCCCUGAAAUCAAGAAGGAGAUGCUCAAGAGCCUCACGACCGAUGGCAUAGAUGCAUAUUCCUUAGUACCACAGGUCGAGCUAUUCUGGCUGGCCAAAUCCAUACUAGAUAAUGAUACGCUGGCUGGAGAAGGGUUCAAUGGGCGUCGAGCACGGUUUCGAGUACAUUGCUGGCAUCAAAAGCUGCUUCUUGAACAAUCUGACACAUUGCAAGAUGCGAUCUUUGGUGAUGCCGCGAUACUGGAAUCUCAACUUGCGUCUAGACUUGCACAUGGGGGUGCUGCAGCACAAGACCAUAUGGUCGAGUUUCAUAUCGAGCGGGCUAAUAUAAGGAUAUUUUACGGGCAUGACACAGCUGCUCGGCAGGACCUGGUGCAGGCUUCCAAGCUUCGAGGCUUCGAGUUUGCGCUCACUGGAGCACUAGGCAAGAAGACAAAGUUUCAGGAAAAAGAGAUCAGUCAAUUGGUUGUGAUAGCGAGGAGCAACGACAUUGAGCACGAGCUGGACAGUACUGGCGUAGCAAGCAGUGCAGACGAAGCCUCGCGCCUAGAAAAUCCUGCUGCUAACCACGCCGGCCAAUACCCUGCUCAAUCGGAAGACCCUCGUCCAAUAGCCGAGAAUAUGAGUAAUAUACUCAACACUAACGGUACGCUUAACCGAGACAAUGCCGCGAAACCAGAGAACAUCCUACUUAACGACGAUACAUUACUGGAAAACAUUCAGUUCAGUAAUCACACUGCAAACACACCGGACCCGACAACGAACAUAAUCGCGGACCGAGCAUAUCUCCCACCAUCUCUUGCUUCGGUUGAUCCAGCAGAUCAGCCGAAAUUACAGCCUAUUGACUCCAUUAUCCUUUUAGCGAUAGCGUCGAGCAUUACCAAUACUCAAGCCUCCAGUGGGUUGACAAGAGAAGAAACGACGCCAUACGCGACGAGAGUGCUUGAAGGAGGUUCCUCGAAUUGGUCAGUCUAUUCACAGGGUCUGCUAGUGAGGAGUAGGAUAGAAGGGUAUCGCUCCAGAACAGCAGAAAGAGGAUUGUUACAGCUACAAGCAUUGGUAGACCAAGUCAUUGCCGAGACUGCAAGUGAUACGGUCACCUCACGGACGGACGGAGAAGCAGACUCCAGCAAUCCAGCUUCAGCGUCUUCAUUCCUGCCAAAACCCACUAAAGAAGAAGGUGCAUCGGUAGCAGAGAGACUGCAGUUUGUUCACCAGUUGCAGCCACCCUUCCGUUGGGAUCUAGAAGCAGAGCUUGCGUCGAGAUGGGUAGCUAUGGGUGGACUGAAGACUGCUCUCGAAAUAUACGAACGUUUACAAAUGCACGCUGAGAUUGCAUUAUGUCUAGCUGCUACUGAUCGAGAGGCAGAGGCUGUGGCGCACCUGAAGCGACUGCUCUUCGUUGCUCCUGACCAAGUGAUGCAGGACGGCGAUGUCGUGUCGCUCAACAAGCCUCUUCCAGCAGAAAGUCCACGACUUCUAUGUAUAUUAGGUGAUAUUCAGCAGGAACCCAAGUAUUAUGUCCUGGCUUGGACCGUAUCGGAACAUAGAUAUGCCCGAGCACAAAGAUCCCUUGGGAGAUUUUACCUCAAGAAGCAUGACCUAUCUGCCGCGGUCGAGGCAUUUACAGCCGCACUUCGAAUAAGUCGUCAGGACUUGGCAACUUGGUUUUCGCUCGGUUGUGUUUAUCUUGAGCUUGAGCACUGGCAGCUGGCAGUCGAAGCUUUUACAAAAGUCGUGCAACUUGAAGACAAGGAUGCACAAGGGUGGAGCAAUCUUGCGGUGGCCCUGUUGAGACUACCUAGCCCUAAGCCGAGUCCGACGGUCGAGGGGACCACAGUGCAUGACGAUGAAGAGGACCAACCAACGUUCGAUCCCUUGCAGCACACGCUGGAGGCUCUCCGCGCGUUGCGUCGCGCCGCCCAGCUCAAGAGGGAGGAUGCACGCAUAUGGGACAACUACCUUACGGUGGCAGCUAGCAUACCGCCGAAUCCGGAACAUCCUGAGCGAGGAACACCUUGGCAGGAAGUGCUGCAUGCUAUGAGUCAGGUAAUCACACUACGGCACAAGAAGGAAGGUGAAAGCUGCGUUGACUUGAAGAUAUUGGAAGCACUGGUUGAUCACAUCACUGCUGCUUGGGACUACCCAAGUUCAGAAGAUGAGUCGACUGCCACCAAGGCUGACCAGUUGAUGCAAACCAGUGAUGGAGGUACGAUCGUGUCAGCAGUGCAUCGUUUGCCCUUUCUGGUCCGAGCACUCACCACUUUAAUCAAUGGUCAAAUCACAACUCUGGCCAUAUCUUCUCCGCAGCUUUUCCUACUUCUUUCAAAAGUAGCUCUCUGGCGACGCCGUCCAGCUGAAUCACUCGCUCUAAUUGAGAAGUCUUGGCGUGCAACUGGCAAUCUACCUGACCCAUCAUCAACCGAGUUGACAAAGUCGACGGAGAUAUUGGUGAACGCGUAUCGAACCCUAGGACCAAUGGAACGAGAACGAACAGGAGGUCUUGUAGAGAAGGGCUGGAGGUUCAAGGCUCGUAGUGGUGUGAGGAGCACAAUUGGACGACUAAAGACGAAAGGUGAAGAAGAUACAGAGGAGUACGAACAGCUGACGAGGUUGCUGGAAGAUCUGAAGGUUGAUAAGCAGGAGUCGUGA